GUGAGGUGAGCCCGGGCGCUCUGCGGAGAGCGGAGUCGAGGCGGCGGCGCGGAGGGAGGUGGCGGCGGUGCAGCCGCUGAGGAAGAGCAUGCGUGCAGUGUUCAGUGACAGAAUAUUUAAGGUACGUGCACGUCUAUGGCAAGUUCAUCAGAUGGUGUGACUGGCUAUGAGCAUCAGCUGAAGUUGAGCAUGGAGAUUGGGAAGUUCCAGCAAGCUGAGAAAAGGAACUAUUUGGAAGAGUUCUGCUAGACAUAGAAGAAGUGGAACACAUUCUUCUGCAACAGUAAUUGACUCAGAAUAAAUACACAAAUUAAAAAUCAUCAGCAGUGAAAUGAUAGACCCUGGUGCUUUUUGAUUUUCUGGCGGAUUUUAUUACUUAGGCAUUGCUAUUGACAUUUUUAUUAUCCCAUUUAGUACAUCUUGAAUCUGUCUGUAAAUUAGAAUAUAACUGGACAAUUGCAUUUUGAUUCUGUUUAAUAACACUUUGAAUGUUAAAUAAUUUGCCAAGAUGAGUGCUGAAGGAUAUCAAUACAGAGCUUUGUAUGACUACAAAAAAGAGCGAGAGGAAGACAUUGACUUGCACUUAGGAGAUAUAUUAACUGUGAAUAAAGGUACCUUACUAGCACUUGGAUUCAGCGAAGGGGAAGAAGCAAAGCCUGAGGAAAUCGGUUGGUUAAACGGCUUUAAUGAAACCACAGGGGAGAGGGGGGAUUUUCCAGGAACUUAUGUAGAAUACAUUGGAAGAAAAAAAAUAUCCCCCCCGACCCCAAAGCCUCGUCCUCCUCGACCCCUUCCUGUAGCACCAAGUCCUGCAAAAGCUGAAGCAGAGAGUGAGCAACAAGCUUUUUCACUUCCGGAUCUUACGGAGCAGUUUUCACCUCCUGAUGUUGCUCCACCAAUCCUCAUCAAGAUAAUAGAGACAAUUGAAAAGAAAGGUCUGGAGUGCUCAACUUUAUAUGUGACACAAAGCUCAAGCAGCUCAGCAGAAUUAAGACAAAUUCUUGAAUGUGAUGCCUCUUCAUUGGAUCUAGAAACUUUUGAUGUACACACUUUAUCAGAUGCCCUCAAGAGGUAUCUCCUAGAUCUGCCAAAUCCCAUAAUUCCAGCAACUGUUUACAGUGAUGUAAUUUCUGUUGCUCAAGAUGUGCAGAGCUCAGAAGAAUAUGCACAGUUGCUGAAGAAACUCAUUAGAUCUCCAAAUAUACCUCACCAGUACUGGUUUACGCUCCAGUAUUUGCUCAAACAUUUCCUCAGACUUUGUCAAGCCUCCAGCAAAAAUCUCUUGAAUGCACGGUCUCUAGCCGAAAUUUUCAGCCCUCUCCUUUUUAAAUACCAGAUAGCAAGCUCUGAUAAUACUGAACACCACAUAAAGAUUCUAGAGACUUUAAUUACAAGUGAAUGGAAUGAGAGACAGCCUGUACCAGCACUGCCUCCUAAGCCACCGAAACCUAAUACUGUAACUAACAACGGCAUGAAUAACAACAUGUCAUUACAAGAUGCUGAAUGGUACUGGGGAGAUAUAUCAAGAGAAGAAGUAAAUGAGAAACUUCGAGACACUGCUGAUGGUACCUUUUUGGUACGAGAUGCUUCAACCAAAAUGCAUGGGGACUACACACUUACUCUAAGGAAAGGAGGAAAUAACAAAUUAAUCAAAAUAUUUCACCGAGAUGGGAAGUACGGCUUUUCUGACCCACUGACUUUCAACUCUGUGGUUGAGCUAAUAAACCACUACCGGAAUGAAUCUCUAGCUCAGUACAAUCCCAAACUUGAUGUAAAAUUACUGUAUCCAGUGUCUAAGUACCAGCAGGAUCAAGUUGUUAAAGAGGAUAGCAUUGAAGCAGUGGGUAAGAAAUUACAUGAGUACAAUACCCAGUUCCAAGAAAAAAGCCGAGAAUAUGACAGACUCUAUGAAGACUAUACACGAACAUCUCAGGAAAUUCAAAUGAAAAGAACAGCUAUUGAAGCAUUUAAUGAAACAAUAAAAAUAUUUGAAGAGCAGUGCCAGACGCAAGAGAGAUACAGUAAGGAAUACAUUGAAAAAUUUAAACGAGAAGGAAAUGAAAAAGAAAUACAAAGAAUUAUGCACAACUAUGAAAAACUGAAGUCUCGAAUAAGUGAAAUUGUGGACAGCAGGCGUAGAUUAGAAGAGGACUUAAAGAAGCAAGCAGCUGAAUAUAGAGAGAUAGACAAGAGAAUGAACAGCAUUAAGCCAGACCUCAUACAGCUGAGGAAGACAAGAGACCAGUACUUGAUGUGGCUGACUCAAAAAGGUGUUCGGCAAAAGAAGCUAAAUGAAUGGCUUGGAAAUGAAAAUACAGAAGACCAAUACUCUAUGGUGGAUGAUGAUGAAGACCUGCCACAUCAUGAUGAGAGAACAUGGAAUGUGGGAAAUAUCAAUAGAAGCCAAGCUGAAAAUCUCCUGCGAGGAAAGCGAGAUGGAACAUUCCUUGUUCGAGAGAGCAGCAAACAAGGCUGCUACGCCUGCUCUGUUGUGGUGGAUGGAGAAGUGAAGCACUGUGUGAUAAACAAAACACCUACUGGGUAUGGAUUUGCAGAGCCAUAUAACUUGUACAACUCUCUGAAAGAACUGGUGCUACAUUAUCAACACACAUCCCUCGUGCAGCACAAUGACUCUCUCAAUGUCACGCUAGCCUACCCAGUAUAUGCACAGCAGAGGCGAUGAAGAUCUUAAUACUCUGGGUUGUUUGGUUUUUUUCUAAAGGAGAGAUUUGACAACAUUGAGGCCUCUGGAGAGAGAAGGCUCCUUUCAGUCUUACUCAAGAAUUUGAGCUGCAGUGUCAAAGCUGUCUGUCUUCAGAUGGGACUAGAGCUUUCCUUCACAACUGCAGUGGGAGAGAUCACAGCAUUAAGCUGUGAAUGUAUGCUUCUAAUCUGAAGUGCUUUUUUUUUUUUUCCCUUCCCAAUUGAGAAACGGAAAACACAAGAGUAAGAAAUCUAACCUGAUCUCCCUGCAGGGACAUAGAGGCCUUUAACCAUGGUGCUUGUUUACGACCACUUCUGAAGCUUUACCAGCUAAAACAUUGGAUUCUGCAAACACAAUGUUUAAGAGGUCUUUUCAUUCACUUAUUGGAAUUUCUUGGUCCCGACCUGGCUGGGAUUUGGUGUUGCCGUGCUCAAUGGAUCCAGACACACAGCAUUGUGGAUUUUUUGGUUUCUGGUGAAUGACAUGUAGCAGAAUGGCACUUUCAUUUAUAAGGGACACUUUAAAGGACUUCAGUUACAGUAUGCUGUUAAGAGAAAUCGUGAUAGUGAAGUGCCAGAAAGUGUUUUGCUUAGACGUUUAAAAAUCCUGUUUUAAGAAAACAGGUCUUUCAAUGGCAUACAGUCUAUAAUAGUGUACAUAGUGUUGGAUGGCUAAUUAUCAUUGAUGGAAACUAUCAGUACCAAACUGCUUCUCUUUUCCUCUCUGUUUGCUAAAAGCUGAAUUCUUAGACUAUGCUAUGCAAUACUGAAUUUUCUUUAGGCUGUAGUCUUCUCUUGAGCAUGUCUACAGGUUAAACUUGUUUUUCUUUCUUCUUUCCUUGCUUCCUUUUUACUUUUUUUUUUUGCCUGACAAUAUUUUUUUUUAAUGUACAGGAAGCCACCAAGAGUUGGCUUCAUAAUUAAAACUAUGAAAUAUUUUACAGUUUUCUUUGUACAGAAUAUUGAGCUACUAGCUCCACGUUUUAAAAGUUCGUAAUUUUUUUUUUUUUUUGACUAAAUAUUUUGUUGGGCAGUGCCUGAUAAGCUUCAAAGCUGCUUUAUUCAAUAAAAAAUAUAUGAACCUUACAAAAUAUCAUGGACUCCAACAAUAUUGUUUCAGAGGCAUCUUUAGAAUACGGUACCAUGCUAUGUUUGCUUUUUGAAGCAUUUUGAACUUCUGUCAUGAUUGUCUUUGUAUUUAGAAGAUAAAGAAUUGUGUAUCCUUCUCUGAUAAUGACUGCAGAAAAACAGGAAAAUUUGGCUACUGGGUUAGAUAGGUUGGAUUUCAAAAUGAAAUCAUGCUUCAUAGUAAAUAAAUGACAUCUUGAUCUACUGCGGCAGAAUUCUUGUCAGCAUGUCAAGGUAUUUUCAUUUCAUAUGAAGGACGUUUCUCUAAACUGUUGCUGAAGUUUGUUUUUUCAUAUUAAUAUUUUGAAAAAAGUUCCCAUCUUUAGGUAGAACAAUCGGAUACAACACAGAGCGAAUUACAACUGGAAAACCUCUGUUUUUUGACAGUGAUAAGGCUUUCCUAAUUAACACUUUGGAUUUGUUUUCAUAACUUUGUAGACUGAGGGAAUAUCAAAGUGAACACUUUCAUAAUUUCAAGCUCCAGAGAUUUUCAGUUAUGGUUCAGUUAAAGGAAAUUUUAAAAGUUCAACUAAAGUAAACUUAUUAGUAAUUCUGGAGCAAUUCACUGUGGAUGGUUUGUGAUGGCCAUGUUUUGCCAUCGAGGUGUCUCAUAACAGCUCUGCUUUAGAGUUACAUGUGGUUUGAUUCCAAGUAUGCAGUGCUUCUUAAGCUAUUGGAAAUAAUAAGAAAUGUGCAGGUCUCCAGUAAUUUUUAUAUUUUCUUCUAUUUUUUUACAUUAUCCCUUCAUUUAUGAGGCUGUAAAUCUUUUUAUCUUACGUGGAUUUUGUGCUUUAUUUGGUAGGUUGUCUUUGCUUUCCUAUAGAUGUAUUUUCUUGCUAGAAUCUAUAUCAGGAAACAAGAUUCAACCAACAUUCAUGUGUCGGGAUAGUUACCACUUGCAAAAUUAUUCUGAUUUUUUUUUUUUUCUGAAUAGAAUUUUAGUCUUCAUGCCUUCCCUUCUGCAUUCCACUCUUUUCAGGCCUCCCACAAUAGAAUCAUGUAAAUUUGGUAUUCUAGUAACUUUUUUUUACUGUGGAAAACACCAACAAUUGCUCUAGCAUGACGGUCAUACUACUGGGCUUGAAGUUACAAAUUAGCUCAAUACACAAUACUUGUAGCAAUCCAAGGUAUUCUUCAGACAUAUAUUAAUUUUUGAAUGUUAAAUAUUUUACGAGUAAAAUUGUAUUUUUUGUUCUCUAUAAGCAAAAUAUAUGUAAUCUGAAUGGAUGUUUCACUUUGUAUUUCUCAAGAAAUUUCAUGGAGUUAAGGCAUUUGGAUCUGAUUUUCCUCAUAUUAAGUAAACCUCUGCUGUGUCAGUGGGCCAUAUCCUUAGCAUGCCCAGCCCAGUAAGGGAUGUCAUUUGUUCCUGUUGUGCUGUACUACUUCACUUCAUCUGUGGUUCUAGCAGAGAAAAAAUAGUGUGCGUGCAAAUUUGGCACUUGCUUUUAUUGCACAAGCAACAAUGAGAAAUAAGCACUAUGUUGUGGGGAUAAAUGCUUAGGGCUUCGUUAAGGGAAGUUCUGCCUACACAGGGUCUGUGCAAUUCACAAGGAUCACUUGCGCCCUCCAAGUGGGCCUGAGUGGGAUUACUUUGGUACCUAGGUAUUGUGUGGCCUCUGUAUUUCCCUCCCUCCUUAAUGCAUGGAUCUGCAUCCUGCCAAAGGCCCUAUUCACUGCAGAGUUUGUCCUUAAUAUACCGUACUGUUCACUCCAGUUUUGAUUUGAUCUCAGACUAAUAAACUGAAGGAAAAAAAAGAAAAAAAGCAUGUGGAUAUAACCGAAGAAACACAUUGCUUCUGUGUUUCUAUUGACGUGUACUUUUUCCACCUGAUAUGUCUGAAAGGUGGGAACUGUUUUGGUUCUUUUUUUUUUUUCCAGUUGUUCGGGGAAUUUUUAAUUUCAUUUUAAAUCCCUGAAUUAUGCUGCACUGCAGCAGCAGUUGUGCAAGGCUUUUGAAAGGUAUGAGGCAAAACACAGAGAACCAACACCCACAAGCAAAAUUAGGAGUUUCUGUUUGGGGAUAUUGCAUGUGUGCAUCUUGUGCAUAUGCGCACACACUUGCUGUGUUUAUAUAUGAAUAGAUCUCAGUAUAGGUGCAUUUUCACCAAAUGUGAUCAUUUUGCUGAAUUCAGUAAGUGAUAUCAUUGAUUUUGUGUAAGACACAAACGCACUAGAUCUUCGUGGGUGCAGCAUGUUUCCAAAUGCAGUUUCUGUGUUGUUGUUUUUUCUAAAAAAAAAAAAAAAAAAAAAAAAAGAAAAAAAAAAGCUUGUCUGUAUAGUUCAGUUAUCUAAAAAAUCUUGUCAAAAAAUCUGUAAAACCAAAUCUUCAAAUUUUCUAUUUGGUGUCAGCUGUUCUGUAGUAAAGAAAUGGCUUUGUCUUGUAAUUGGCAAUGAAAUAAUAAUGCUUGGGAAAACAUGCAGAUGCUUCUAAUGGGGAAAACUUACGCUGAUUUUCACACAGUGCUUUUGCUAUGCAUGGUAUUAAGUUGGGAAAGUGAAUCCUGGUAGUAUUUUUUUCAGGGUCACUUUUAGAAAUGGGCAGCUCAAAACACAAUGCCUCCCAUAGGACGGGGUUCCAAAAUGCAACAUUUUAUGUAUAAUCGUGUUGUAUUUGCUGACUGGAGAGCUAAACUGGACUGGGGGAGUUGGUAACGUUACAUUGCGCUUGUCCUAAUGAGACUGCAUUAGCUGCCCAAGAUGCUGCUAUUUUUUUUUUUAUUCUUGUUUUUAAAAAUAAAGCUCUGUUCUGUUAAAUGUCUUUAAAACAUUAAGAUUGCUUUGUUUUAAAAUGGUCUUCAAGGAGGUGGAGGGUAAGGUGGGUUGUAAAUUGCCUUCACAAGGCAACAGUGAAAACACGCCUCCUUGAAAUUCUGUUCAAGCUAUAGAGUUGAUGGAGCUGUGUCUUGUUUUUAAGUUGCUUUAAAAAUUGUAAUAAGUCUUCAAGCAGAAUAAAAGUUGUUUUGAAAAAGC